UUGUCUACGAAACAAAAACAAUGACAUCUUUCAACUCCUGAUGAACAAACAGGAAAAAAUCCACAGCGGUGACUAGUUCGGUUUCAGUCGCAACCUGUCAAACGUAGAGACGGAGCGCUUUGGGAAAAUAAACCCGUGGUGUGACUUUUCACUCUAACGAAGUGUUGCUGUUCUCUCUGAAACAAGGCUGCCUUGUGCUUGGAAGCACUGGUAUGAGUUAUUGUAAAGCUUGCUCAAGGAAAACAUCUGAAAAAUCCAGUACAAAUCAUCCAGUAAGGCUGGCUCAGCUUCUUCACCUGCAUCCGCAAGUACUCAUUUCUCAGACAGACUUGCAGACUCCAGGUUGGGCAAAGCCUUGCCCGCUGCCCCGACAACGCCCCAGCGGCGGCCCACGCUGAGUGUUGGCGUGCAAUGGCGCGGCGGGACGCUGAUAGUUGCCGCCGUGGACUGUGAUGUCAGAGCCCAGCAGCCCGGGUGAGAGCCAGCGUGGCGCUCCCAAGUUCUUCGUGGGCUGCGGCGAGGAUGAGAGCGAGGGCCUGGACGGCUACGGCAGUAUGAGGACAGACAUGGAGCUGUACGAAGAUGACCUAGAGGCAGACUCGCCUCCGGAGCGUCAGAUCGUGGUGGGGAUCUGCUGUAUGAUGAAGAAAUCCAAGUCUAAGCCCAUGACGCAAAUACUGGAGCGUCUGUGCAAGUUUGAAUACAUCACUGUGGUCAUCUUCCCCGAGGACGUCAUACUCAAUGAGCCGGUGGAGAAAUGGCCCCUCUGUGACUGCCUCAUCUCCUUUCACUCAAAAGGUUUCCCCUUGGAUAAGGCCGUAAGUUACGCCAAUCUCCGCAACCCCUUGCUGAUCAACGAUCUUAAUAUGCAGUACUACAUACAGGACAGGAGGGAGGUGUAUCGCAUCCUGCAGGAAGAAGGGAUCGACCUACCACGCUACGCUGUACUGAACCGGGACCCGGACAAACCUGAAGAGUGCAAUCUGGUUGAGGGGGAAGAUCAUGUAGAGGUGAAUGGUGAGAUAUUUCCCAAACCCUUUGUAGAGAAGCCAGUCUCAGCUGAAGAUCACAACGUGUAUAUCUACUAUCCGACCUCAGCUGGUGGUGGCAGCCAACGCCUCUUUAGGAAGAUUGGUAGCCGGAGUAGUGUGUAUUCUCCUGAGAGCACUGUCAGAAAGACCGGCUCCUACAUUUAUGAAGAAUUCAUGCCUACAGAUGGUACAGAUGUGAAGGUGUACACAGUAGGACCUGAUUACGCUCAUGCUGAGGCUCGUAAAUCUCCUGCCCUGGAUGGCAAAGUUGAACGAGACAGUGAGGGAAAAGAAGUGCGCUACCCUGUUAUGCUUACUGCUAUGGAAAAACUGGUGGCUCGUAAAGUGUGCUUGGCUUUCAAGCAAACAGUGUGUGGGUUUGACCUCCUCCGGGCCAACGGACACUCGUACGUGUGUGACGUGAAUGGCUUUAGCUUUGUGAAGAACUCUAUGAAAUAUUACGAUGACUGUGCCAAGAUACUUGGGAACAUUGUGAUGAGGGAGCUAGCUCCCCAGUUCCAUAUUCCCUGGUCUAUUCCUACAGAGGCAGAGGACAUUCCCAUAGUCCCUACCACAUCCGGCACCAUGAUGGAGCUGCGCUGUGUGAUUGCGGUGAUCCGCCAUGGAGACCGAACACCAAAACAGAAGAUGAAGAUGGAAGUCAGAAAUCCCAUGUUUUUUGAGCUGUUUGAAAAGUAUGGGGGUUAUAAGACCGGGAAACUGAAGCUGAAAAAACCCAAACAGCUGCAGGAAGUACUGGACAUCAGCAGGCUGCUGUUGGCAGAUCUGGGGCAGCACAGUGACUGUGAGAUCGAAGAGAAGAAGUCUAAACUGGAGCAGCUUAAGACUGUUCUGGAAAUGUAUGGCCAUUUCUCUGGAAUAAACAGAAAAGUGCAGCUGACUUACCUUCCCCAUGGGCAGCCUAAGACCUCCAGUGAGGAAGAAGCAGAUACACGAAAUGAAGGUCCGUCCUUGCUGCUGGUGUUAAAGUGGGGAGGGGAGUUAACUCCAGCAGGCCGAGUACAGGCAGAGGAACUGGGUCGAGCCUUCCGUUGUAUGUACCCUGGAGGACAAGGGGAUUAUGCUGGCUUCCCUGGCUGCGGCCUACUUCGUCUCCACAGCACAUAUCGCCACGACCUGAAGAUCUACGCCUCAGAUGAAGGCAGGGUGCAGAUGACUGCAGCUGCCUUUGCCAAGGGGUUGCUGGCGCUGGAGGGCGAGCUGACACCCAUUCUGGUACAGAUGGUGAAGAGUGCUAACAUGAACGGUCUGCUGGAUAAUGACCUAGACUCGCUGAGCGGCUGCCAACAGCGUGUCAAAGCCAGACUUCAUGAGAUCAUGCAGAAAGAUGAAGACUUCACUGAUGAAGAUUUCGACAAGCUGGCGCCAACAGGCAGCCCCUCUAUGGUGAACUCUAUGAAUGCUGUUGAAAAUCCAGUAAGAACAUGUGACAAAGUGUACAGCCUCAUCCAGAGCCUUAUCAGCCAAAUAGAAAAGAAACUUGAGGAUCCCAAAUCCGCAGAUUUACAGUUGUACCACAGUGAGACUUUGGAGAUGAUGCUUCAGCGCUGGUCUAAACUAGAGAGGGACUUUCACAUGAAAAAUGGACGUUACGACAUCAGCAAGAUCCCAGAUAUCUAUGAUUGUGUGAAGUAUGAUGUUCAGCACAACAGCUCAUUGGGCCUGGAGGACACUGUGGAACUGUUCACCCUGUCACGAGCACUAGCAGACAUCGUCAUACCACAGGAAUAUGGCAUUAACAAGAUGGAGAAGUUGGAAAUAGCAUAUGGCUAUUGCCUGCCUCUGAUCAAGAAGAUCCAGCUGGACCUACAGAGGACUCACGAGGACGAGUCGGUCAACAAACUCCAUCCCCUGUAUUCCCGUGGUGUGCUGUCGCCAGGCAGACAUGUACGGACACGACUGUAUUUCACCAGUGAGAGUCAUGUCCACUCGCUGCUUAGCAUUUUCCGCUACGGAGGCCUUCUAGACGAGGACAAUGACCAGCAGUGGAGAAGGGCCAUGGACUAUCUAAGUGCCGUGCCUGAGCUCAACUAUAUGACCCAGAUAGUUAUCAUGCUGUAUGAGGACAACAACAAGGACCCCUCCUCAGAAGAUCGUUUCCACGUCGAGCUGCAUUUCAGCCCUGGAGUUAAAGUGUGUGAAGAGGAGAAUGCACCAAUGGGCUUCGGCUUCCGUCCUGCUUCUUCUGAGAAUGACCAGAAGCAGACAGAUCCUGGAAGUUUGGAGAACCUUGUAAGGGAUGAACCAGACCAAGCCUUACCCCUAUCUGAAUCUGGAGGCCCUCAGCGUAGAUCUCCUCUUACUCGAAACCGCAAGACUAGCUCCAUGGAGGUUCUGUCAGAGACUUCGUCCUCUAAAGCAGCCAGCUAUCGCCUUUUCCCUUCAUGCUCACGCCAGUCUCCGGAGAUGAAGCAGAGUGGAUUAGGCUCGCAGUGUGCAGGCCUCUUCAGCACCACUGUCCUUGGCGGGUCCUCUAGUGCCCCCAAUCUGCAGGAUUAUGCUCGUACACAUCGCAAAAAAUUCUCCUCUGGCAGUUUGACCUAUAAAGAUGAGUUGUUGUCUAUGCCGGCAGUAAAGCGAUUUUCUGUGUCGUUUGCAAAGCAUCCGACUAAUGGAUUUGAAGGCUGCUCCAUGGUGCCCUCGAUCUACCCAUUAGAAACCCUGCACAACUCGCUUUCACUCAAACAGGUCGACCAGUUCCUGUCAGCAGUGUGUGUGAACGCAGGGGACUCGAACACUAGAACCACUAGAGCUCUCUCAGCUAUGUUUGACUCUCAUAACCAGCCCUCGGUGGACGCGUAUAUUCCCCAGAGAGUGCUGUCAUCCUCUGCAUCUCUACGCCAGCGCUCUGAGCGUCCUCCUUGGUAUAGCAGCGGUCCUUCCAGCACAGUGUCUAGCGCAGGUCCCUCGUCUCCCAUCACGGCGGACACUUCUCCUCGUUUCAGCUUCAGUGAGAAAGCAGCUCUUACACCUCAGAGCAGUGAGGAGAUCCACUCGUCCUCCCAGGUUGUUAACCAGCCUGCUCCUCUGUCCUCCUCCUCUCUUCCUGAAAGCCCUCCUUCUGACUUCGUCAAUGACCCACCACCGCAAAGUCUAGACAACCCCAGUGACCACACCAUGGACAACACAUCAUCUGCAGACUUGCUGCUUCCAGACAGCCCGGAGCAUGAACAGGCUGAGGAGGCUCGAUGUAGCACUGAAGCCGAAAUGGUCCCGAGUCCUCCCUCCUCUCCUCAAAUCGAACACAGUGAGACCAUGGAGUCAUUCUCUAACCUGUCUGGAUCUGUGUCUGUGCCAGGCUCCUUGCCUGUGCUCGUGGAGCUGCGUGAGAGCAGUUCAGAGGCUGGCUCUAGUACCCAGACUCCCCUGAGCCCUGACGAGCCUGAAGAGUUCUUCAACACCCAGGAGCCAGCGGAGGUUGAUGUCUGGAGGAGCGGCACACGGAGCCUCCCUCACACUGGCACUCCUGUAGAGGUUGGUGCUUCACACGCAUCUGAGUCCUGAAGACCAUCGCCGUCUCCACACACGGCUUGCAUGCAAAUUCAUGCUAAACCAUUCUGGUGCCUCGGUGACGUCAUGUUAAGUGCAGUUUACCUGCUGUAGGUCUCUCAGUGCUCUUGGCCAGGAGGUAAAAACUGUUGAUGUUGUAGCCUUCUGAAAUUCUGCACGUCGUUUGUUUCAGUCUUAGUGCUCCAUUCAGAAUUAAUCACAGAAAUUCCCCUGUUGGCUUGAUGUCACAUUGAGAACAUUCACCCUCCUGUGACUGACUGUUAAUGUGGCUAUACGUGCAAUAAUGAUGGACGGAGACCAAAUGCUCAUCUCUGUAAGGUGCACUGAAUCCAUGCUGUUUGUAUUUUUGUGAGCAUCUGCCACUGCCAACAGUAAAUCCACCUCUUUUUUUGUUGGAUUCUGUUAGUAAAUUGCAUCAGCACCUACUCCUUUAUAGAUAAAUCUGCAUCGAUGCAUUUGGCUGCUAUUUUGCGUACAUCCGACGUACCACUUUUUAGCACAAAUUUACUUUUCUUAUCUAAUACACAGAAUGGACAAGGACCGACGACUGAAAUUAUAGCCUACUGACGAUUUUAUGAAAUUUAUUUUAUUUUUAUUUUUUUCUUGCCAAAAGCUUUCAAAACGUCAGUCAUAACUUAUUAAUUUGUAAGGAACUACAUAUCUAUAUAUCUAUGUACUAUACAUAUAUUUAUCAAGAAAUGCAAAGCAUAUUUUAAUAUAGAUAUUAAUAAAUUCUCAUCUUUUAUCAAUUUUAUAUUUUUCUAAAAACAUCACCUACAUGGGUUAGACUAAGGUAUAAGCUCUUAUCACAAUGAGUUCAGGUUUAUUUCCCUCCAGAUUUCUAGCUUUUAGCUUUUUUAAUGAAUGAAGUGAUAAAUAAAUAAAUAAAUA